AUGAAACGUGUGUUUGAACCUGUCAGGAAGAGUAUGCUGGACGUGGUGAGAAAAAAUCUUCGUGUAGCCGGAAGGGUUACGUAUAUAACACGUAUCGUAUACAUCGGAGAGUAUGUUGGUUCACAUUCUGACUUAGAAAAGGUAAUGGAAUAUGUUAUUAACGAUUUAAAAGCAGAUUGCGUCAAUGUUCUUAUAAGUGGAUUGUUGCUUGUGUAUCCGCAAUGCUACAUUCACGUAUUAGAGGCGUCGGAAGAUAUUAUUUAUAAACAUUUGAAAGCUCUGGAUGAUAACCAUCGUGAUAGUUUCAAACUCGAGAAUGCAAUAUUUCUUCCAUCUUAUCAUCAUGUUCAUCAAAGAUUCUUUUCGGAAUGGUCCUACGUAUACACAAUUCCACCCACUUUGAUAGACAAAUUGGAAUCGUACGAACUAAGUGAAAUUCGGACGCAGGUGUCCAAUUGUUUGAGAAAAGUAUACACGUUAUGCGAUAAUAUCGCGAAGACGGUCCGCGAUUUCGCAGUACCAAUGAAGGAUGUUGUACGUAACAUCAGCGACGAGGUUUCACGACUUUUCCCCGAGAGCACAGUGUUACAGUACUUGUUAAAUGCGCACAGUCCCGUUCUUUUGACUGCGAAGGAAUUUCUCAAAAUACAUUCCACGGUUCCGUUUGUAAAUUUGUACCAAGAGUAUUUACAAUAUCAAAAAAACGUCUCCUUGUAUUGGGUACAUGAAAUUUGUGUCAGAUAUCGCUAA